AGAGACCAGGAUGAGUUACGCGGAGAAGCCCGACGAGAUCACGAAGGACGAGUGGAUGGAGAAGCUCAACAACUUGCACGUCCAGCGCGCGGACAUGAACCGCCUCAUCAUGAACUACCUGGUCACAGAAGGCUUCAAAGAAGCAGCAGAGAAGUUCCGUAUGGAGUCCGGAAUCGAGCCCAGCGUGGAUCUGGAGACGCUGGAUGAGCGCAUCAAGAUCCGGGAGAUGAUCCUCAAAGGCCACAUUCAGGAGGCCAUCGCCCUGGUCAACAGUCUCCACCCCGAGCUCCUGGACACAAACCGCUACCUGUAUUUCCACCUGCAACAGCAGCACCUGAUCGAGCUGAUCCGCCAGCGGGAGACGGAGGCGGCGCUGGAGUUCGCCCAGACCCAGCUGGCGGAGCAGGGCGAGGAGAGCAGGGAGUGCCUGACGGAGAUGGAGCGCACGCUGGCGCUGCUGGCCUUCGACAACCCCGAGGAGUCGCCCUUCGGGGACCUCCUGAACAUGAUGCAGCGGCAGAAGGUGUGGAGCGAGGUGAACCAGGCCGUGCUGGACUACGAGAACCGGGAGUCAACACCCAAGCUGGCUAAGCUGCUGAAGCUCCUCCUCUGGGCUCAGAAUGAGCUGGACCAGAAGAAAGUGAAAUACCCCAAAAUGACAGACCUCAGCAGGGGUGUGAUCGAGGAGCCCAAGUAGCCGCGUGCCGGAGCCAGGCGCAGACUGCUCCCCUUCCUUUCCUUCUUUCUCUCGGCCCGGAUCCUCUUUGAAGGGAGCCACGACCCCGGUGGGCGCUGGGAAAUGGACGCCGGAAGUUUGCUGGAGACUGCCUGGCCGCUCCAUGCCAGGGCUGGGAGCUGCGGCGCCGGGCGCCCAGGGUGCCCGCUUCGACCCCGAGCACUGGUCCUGACCUUGCUUUCUGCGCAUGGGCAGACAGCGCCUCCCUCCGUGCGUCUCCUCGGCUGGUUUGCUCUUUGUUUCCUGGGAAAGACUAUCCGUGUUGGAUCUGCUGUGAGGACUCCGUGUGUGGCUGCGUUUGACUGUCCCCUUGGGUCUGGGCUGAGUGGCUUGGGAAAUGAGUGAGACAAGUGGGCUGUGUGGGAUUUUUCAUUUUUAAAUAGAUAUUUUGGUGCUGUAUGUGGUGAGAGACUUUCCUAUUGGAUCACGGAACCAUCUCUUCUCAGCAGUUUUGUUGAAAAUAAAGGUUUCUCUU